AUUCACUCCAUCGGAAAUAAGCUGAGACGCGCAGGCAAUAGAGUUAGCCAUAGCUCUGGAAGCCUGUUUCGGACACGGGCUAACUUCGGAGGACGUCUGAAAACUAGGUACAGGACGGGAACCAGUCUAGUAGUGGUGGUGUUGCUGUUUUAGGGUUUUUCCCUGGUGAGAAAUAUCAAGAGCCUGGCGUGAGAUAUCGAGAGAAAGCCGCACCCACGCAACAUACGCAGAACACUGAUAGCGUCGUGUGACAUCUGGUGAUCACAAUCGUAUUCCACCCAGAAAAAAGAGGAGGGUUUUGUGGAUCUGCAGCAAAAUCGCAGCUUUCGUUGGUAUUGAACUGAAUAGCACCAUGGACUGUAAACUGCUUAGUGUGUUCCUCAUUGCCGUGUCAGCAUCUGGCGCUCUUGCCAUCAGAUGCUACGUCUGUGCGCCUACCAAAGUUUGUCAGAACAACGAGCUCGGGAGUCUGGUGACAUGUCCAAACUUCACAGGAUUGGUUAUCAACCAAUGCGCCAAAUUUGACGGGGAAUUCUCUGGCUCAGUCGGGGACAACAAGGUCUCUUUCAACGGCUUGAUCCGUGACUGCAACGCUGUGCCUGUGAACUUCGCUGCCCCACCGAACCGCUGCUUCUCCGGAGAUGAGGCCACCAAGUACAUGCGACGCCUGAUUGAACAGGUGUCCUCUGGUGCGCCAUCUGUCGGUGAACUGACUAUCACCAUCAACGGUGACAUGUGCUUCUGCAACGAGGACGGCUGCAACGGCGUUGGCUCUCUCCAGCCGUUCCUGGCGCCGAUCCUGGUCUUGGCCUUUGUGCAGUCCGCACUAAAUAUGUAAGGACUGCUUGUGAGAGAGGCCGCUCAAGGGAAGUGUGGCACGGCUUUCAGAACACCUUGCGGCAACAAAAGCGAUCAGUAGACUAGGUCACCAAACACAGUAGGAAAGCGAUGUAGAUCGCGUUGUUCAUGGCUUUGUUUGACUAGCAUCGCAUUAUAGCAUCAGUUAGGCUUUGCAUAUUUGCCAGUUUCUAUAUACCUUGUCUCAUGCUUACUGUAUUCUCUAUGCGUAUUACUGCACUCGUUUGCCCGUCUUUACACCCGUAAAGCCAGGUCAUUUUUCGGCCUGCUCUUUGCUCUUACUACCAUCACUUGAUGGAUUUAAGAAAAGUAAGACAAGAUGUUGAUAUUGGGUAUUACGAGUUAGACUCUCGUUUUAUCACUAGCAGUUAAGCUAUAGACCUCAGGUAGCUUUAUCUUAGUUCUUCAGCCGAGAGCCUAGUGGGGUGGUUCUCGACCUUAAUGAGCUCUAUCACGGCCGUAGACGGAGGAAAGCUACUUAAAACAUUCUGAUCAAAACGUGUUCUAAAGGCUAUAAAUGCCUCUUUGAAGAAGAGAAUGCCAAAUUUUGUUUGUCAGGGAAGCAAUCGUUCAUUGAAUGUCCAGUGUAAAUCAACCCAACUACAAAUUUACUCGCCGCAAAGGUAGUAGCCAAUAAUUAUUGUGAUCACCCUGGAAACAAAAAAGAUGCAAUGAAAAAAUCUUAUUACUCUCUAUUUACCGUCAUUUUCCUAUUCUCUUCUCAUUUUCAGAAAAGAACCUGAAAAAAGGUUGACCCAGAGUAAAAGUGACUGAUGUGCUCGUACAUGUGGCCGGUAAAUGCUGAUUUUACAGUGCAACCAUGACACAAUUUUUAUUUUGUUAUAAAAGGCUGUUAUGCAUUUACCACUUACCAUUUUUCUCUUCGAUUCAGGUACAUUGUAUUCUACAGAGAUGACUUAUACCCCACGUAUAAUAUGUCAUAAAAGAAUUACGUCAUGCCUUUUUUUAUUGGCUCUUAUUUUUUUUUUUAGUUUCGUUCGGUAUUAGGAUUAGAUGCAAUUCUAUAGGACAGUAUAUUGCCAGGAGAAUCACAAGGGGAACCCUUUUACAAAAAAAAGCCAUUGAUAGACUAAAUUCGUAAAAUGACGUCACUUUUUAUCUCGGUCGAUUUUUUUUCUGUUCAGAGGUAGCGUGCUUUUUUGUAAUGUCUCAUUGACAAAUUAAAUUUUUGAGAGACAUGUUUGUGCUUUAAUAAAAAGCUGGUGUUGCUUUUACUGAAGCGG